AUGAGCCGCUUUCGUAUCCGUAGCAGAGCUGGCUCUCUUAUCAACUCUGGCGUCGAUUAUCUCGCCACACGCGAUUGGCAAGCUGUCGCCGGCACAGCUCGCUCCAGACUUCAGAUUCCUUCUACCUCGUACAACGAUCCGACCCGACGCUCCAGGGACGCUCCAUCCAGCAACUUUUCUACCUCGCCAACUCUCCCUCGUAUACGAGACAUGUCCGGUCGCGCCGGCGUGGAAGACGUCGUUCUACUACCAGGAUGGGCACAGCGUAGAGUGGCUCGCGACCGUCAUCCGCAGGGUUGGGCUACCGUAGAUGCUCCCGAGGAUCUCGAAGAUGGCGAGAUCGAGCUUCAUGUCUCCUUCCACGGCUUCGUCGCCAAGAAGCUCGACGCACCCAGCAGAAGCCAGAGGAUCUUCAAUCAGAUGGCUCGUCAAUUAGCUGGGCUCCCUAAAAUUCAGCCUCAGCCUCUCGGCUCCUCAGUGCUUGACUCAUCCGAGGCGUCAACCUUUGUCGAAGAACCGCAGCAAAUCGAAGCCGACGAGGUUCCGCCGACGCCGUCCGACGAAGGCCACGAACAUGCCUCCGAGCGAAUUGCUCGCAAACUUCUCGCGAAUGCCGACGAUCAAACGCUUGUACGCCUCAUGGAGAACCUGCACGCCUUUCCCACCGACUCGGCCGCCGCUCAUAAGGCUACCGAGGAAGCCAAUGAAGGUCCGUCGGCAGCACAUCGUCCAGAAGGAUUUGCUCAGCCACCCAAACGCACCGACACGAUGCUCUCAGGCGGUUCCGCACAAUGGCUGAGCAGAAGUAUGGACGAGGUCGCCGCUUUUCACCAAAAUCUGACGCGUCGUUUGCAGGCUUAUUGGGUUUACAGAUCACCGCACAAGGACGUGCACAUCGACAUUGCGCCCGUCAUCAAUGGCGCAGUCGCAUGUGACGAAAAGGGCAAUCGCAUUACUCUCGCCUCUACACGCCUAACUUCGGAUCUGUCAGGUCAGUUCGAGCAUCGCCUCGUCAUUCCAUGGCAUAUGCUCUCCGCCUUCUGCCGCCACUAUGCCGAGAAGCUCCAAGCCACUCCAGACGAGAUCGAGGCCGUGGAGGUCCGGGCGAAACUGCUCAAUCCACACGCAGAAGGCACUGCCGAUGCUCUUUCCGAAUCUUCAUGGCGACGAUGUCCCAUCCAAGAGGAUCAUGCGCGCCAUGUCAGGGUCGUCUCCGACAUCGAUGACACAGUCAAGCAUACCGGUGUUGUGCAGGGCGCCAAGCAGAUCCUUCGCAAUGUUUUCGUACUUCCCUACAGCGAAGCCGAGGUCAAGGGCGUUGCUGACUGGUACCACGCCAUGACGGAUCUCGGUGCUGGUCUGCACUAUGUCACCAACGCUCCUAUGGAGCUUCACAGCCUGGUGUUGGACUUCUUAGAAACCGUCCGACUUCCCGUCAGCCAUCUCGUUCUCAAGAAUUAUCCAGGCGGCGCCCGCAGCUUGCUUUCCAGCUGGUUCGAGCCAGCGGGGGAACGCAAACGAGCCAAUGUCGUCAAGAUCUUGGACGACUUUCGCUCCUCCCAAUUCAUUCUCAUCGGUGAUUCCGGCGAGCUCGAUCUAGAGCUGUACUGCGCAUUGGCUGCCGAACGUCCCGCUCAAGUCCGAGGCAUCUUCAUCCGCGACGUGAGCAGUCCAGCAACGCUCAAUAACACGGCCUUCUCCGCUGCAUCUUCCGUUGACAAGCUGCCCGAAGCUUCCGCGCAAAAAACAGCAGCGGCUUUGCCGACGGCUCCACGAAGCGCCAUUACCCAGCCACCACCAGCACGACGGGCCGAAGCAUCCGAGCCAGCUUUCUUCGACACCUCGUACCCGCCAAGAACUCCCACUGCAUUAGACUUGCCAGCAAACAAAUACGCAAACGAAGCAACAGAUGCGUCCCGCUCAAGUCGCGCACUCUCUGAGCAAGAGAUCAGGCAAGCACAAGCAUUCCAGACCCGUCUCAACAAGGCCACCAGCAUGCUGCCUCGCACCACCGUCUUCAGGCUCUUCAGAGAAGGGGGUGACGUCCAGGACACAGCCUGCCAGCUCGUCCGGGAACUGCAGAGCGGUACAAGACCUGCCGAUCGACAGUAA